CCGUACUCCAUACACACAGUACGCCAUAGUCCCUUCGUCCGCCCACUCGAGUCAUUUUAGAAUGGACUCCUUGUCCCUCAUCACCGCCCAAUUCUCUCUUUCCUUCUCUUCUCCUCCCUCCCUCCACUUGCUUAAUCCUUCGCAAUGAUAAACUUUGCGAUAACCACCUAAAGAAUUUGGUAGACCCCGCCGAUGUGGCGUCAGGCCCGUGGACUAUUAUCCUUGAAUUGAGGUCCUCCCCCCACCCAAGCGAAGAGCCCACGGGAAUCCAGUGCCAGACUCGGUGUAAGGAAGAACAAAAGGGAGACCACAGCCCUACAGUUCCGGGCUGACCCUCACUCUCCUUGGAAUCUCUGGUCCAGCCCGAUGACUCGGAUAUUGAGGACGCUCGAAUCUUAACUGCCUUCGUUUUCGGGCUGUCACCCGCCUCUCGCCGCCAGGAUGACCUCCAGUGUGAAUACCUGGGUGUGGUUUGCAGUGGUGCUGCUGAUCACUCUCAUGCGAUUUGUCUCCCGCACCUUGCAAGUGGGUUCGCCGAGGAAUCUGCAGAUUGAGGACUUCGUGAUGUUGGUGACUGUGAUUCUCUACAUCCUCCUCACCGUCUUCCUCAUCCUCGUGGCCCAUCAUGGCACCAACGAGAUCCCGAUGGACCAAAUCGACAGCAUCGACCCCGCCACCGUCCCCGACCGCAUCCUGGGCAGCAAGAUGGUCAUCGUGGUGGAACAGAUGUGGUUGGGGACAAUCUGGGGGUGCAAGGCCUGCUUGCUGCUGCUGUACUCGACCAUGACCAAAGGCCUCCCGCAGCAUAAAUGGGUCAAAGGCAUCAGCCUCUUCUGCGGAAUCUGCUUCCUGCUGAUUGAGAUUCUGUUCUUCGGGGGCUGGUGCCACCCCUUCUCCGCUUACUGGAGCGUGCCCCCCAAGAGCGUGCAAUGCUCGGUGUAUCGCAACCAUCUCAUUCUCUCGCUGGCGCUCAACGUGACCACCGAUCUGAUGAUCAUGGCGAUCCCGCUGCCCCUGCUGAUCAAGGCGAAGCUGACCCUGACCAAGAAGCUGACCCUGCUGGGGGUCUUCUCGCUGGGCGCCUUUGUGAUCCUGUGCUCCAUCCUGUCCAAGUACUACUCCAUCUCCAACCCCUACGGCGAUGAAUGGGUGGACUGGUACGUGCGCGAGGCCGCCACUGCGGUGAUCGUCGCCAACCUGCCCCAGACCUGGACGCUAUUCCGCCGCAUGUUCAACCUGAAGGGCUUCCUGCACCACUCCUCGUAUGAUCGCAGCCGCAGCCGCAGCCGCAAGACCAGCAAGUUCACCAGUCGCUUCGACAGCUCCACCAUCCACCUGUCGCGCUUUCGCAAUGGGGACAAGUCCCAGCUGCACUCAACCAUUGACCGCACCGAGUCCGGCGAGCGCAUCCACGACCCCCCGCUCGAGAUCUGGGCCCAUCGCCAGUUCCACGUCAGCAAUGAGACCGAGGCGGCGACGCGCCACAGCCCGAGUCUGAGCGAGAGCAGCGGCGGCAGCAGCAGCAGCGUCCACAGUAUCGAGUUCGAGGGGGUGAGCGUGCCCCACGUGAAGACGACGGUGACGACGACGACCACCACCACCCCGAUAUGA